AUGACUCGAAAUCCCAGCUGCUGGGAAUCCAAAGUGCAGGGGGAGAUCCUGCCUGUGGGGCCUCCCAGAAGAGGCAUCUUCCUGGCCAUGAAGAGGAUGCUGGACGAGAUGGGCUCUUCUGACAUUCUGAGGCAUAAGAGGGGGCUGCUGAGCUUACAUCCCCCCGCCCGCGCCUCGGCCGCCCGCCGCCAUCUUGCGCCAGGCCCCCUCCCCUCGCCCGCCGCCCGGAGACCCACCCAGGCGCGCCGGGGACCCUCCGCGCCGCCGCAGCCUCCUUACCGCCGGGGGCCUCUCGCAGACACCCCCGCGGCCCCUCAGCCGCCCGCUCCCUCCGGCCCGGCACCCGCCAGGUCGCCAUCGCCGCUUCCCUCGCCCGGCGGAGGGAUUCUUCCGCCGGACCCCGCCGGCGCCGGGACUACUUCCGAGGGCGCGGCGGCGGCGCUGGGCGGGCGGCGGCGGCGGCGCUGCUCCGGCUUCUUCCCCCCCGGGGUCUGGUUGCUCACUCGUCGCGGGAAGCGUCAGGCCGGCCGUUUCCUCGGAGAAACCUGGCGGCCCGCGGGGGACUACUUUUUCUCCGCGGAAGGCUUCGAGGGCGUCGUUUGCGUCCACCACAAACUCCUCCUUGUUGAAGCCUUCUGUGCCAGCCUGCCCUCUCUGCUUCCUGUGGCCUUUGCGCCUCCACCCUCAGCCACGCAGAGGUCGCCCGGACCCUUGAACGCUUCUGCCCCAGGUGCCUUGGAAUAUUUCCGUCUCAGGGUUUUCUGGGGCCCUUCUCAGAGGUUUGCUACCACGAGAAGACUAGACACACAGAGGUAGAGUGGGACUAGUGGGACGGUGCCUGCCAGCCCCACCCGCAGCGUCACAUGCUGCCAGCAUCACAUGGGGGGAGCCCCCCCCGUCCCACUCUUCUUUCAGAUCACAUUUAUUUAAAUAAGUACAACUUGCAUUCUCCCUAAAAUUAUAGCACACCGUGAAUUUUAUAUCCUCCUUCCAUAAUCUUUUCCAUGGUUCCAUAUAGAUACUAUAUCCAAGAUCUUGUGCCCAUCUCGCCAUUACAACUUUAACUUGCUCUUCUUUCACUUCCCAUUCUAAUAAAUAGUUGUAUAUUCCUGCGAUAUGUUUUCCUUUAUUGUGAGUUAGCUCUUUUUCAAACUUGGAUGUUUCUUUUGCCAGACCAUCUCUCUUGUCUAAACUCAAUCUUUGGUUUAUUUGAAAGUAUUGGAGCCAGUCUGUCAAGCGGCUUUUAAUUUCGUCAUAUUUUUUCAACAUGGGCUUAUCUUCAACAAAUUCUAGCAGUACUCGAUAGGUGAGCCAUUCCUUUUUCAUAUGCCUUUUUUUGACUGCUAUGGCUUCUCCAGGAGAGGUCCACAAAGGUAUCUUUUGCUCUAACAACCUUUUAUAUUUCUCCCAGAUCUUAUACAGGGAUUUUCUUAUCACUUGAUUCAAGAAACCCUUAUGGACCCUCCCUUUAUCAUAUAUCAAAUAGGCUUUAUAGAUGGCACCAAACUCCAGCAAAAUUUGCUAAAUUGUAUAAAGGUAGAUCACCAACCUGCUGCAGGUGCAAAAAAGAGACAGGGACAUACUUACACAUGUGGUGGAAUUGCACAGUCAUCCGGGAAUUUUGGGACAAAUUAUAUAAUGAAUUCAAAAAGCUAUUCAGAUUUACAUUCAGAAAAAGACCAGAAGCCUUCCUCCUAGGAAUAAUGUCAGCGGAAAUCAGAAAAGAUAUAAGACCAUAGUUUAUGUACGGAACAACAGCAGCCAGAAUAAUAGUGGCAAGAAACUGGAAAAAUCAAACACUGCCCACGAUAAUAGAAUGGGAGACUCUUAUGAUUGAAUACCUCGAACUGGCAAAGAUGACGGGGAAACUAAGAGGGCUCUCAAAGCAGAAAGUAUACAAAGAAUGGAAAAUAUUCAAAGAUUACCUAAAAACAUAUUGUUCAAAUAACAAUCUCCUAGCGGAACUAAACUGAUCCUUGUGAAAUACAACGUGUAAAUGUUAAUUUGUUAGAGUACACGAAAACAAAUUAGGGUAAUAGAAGGCUGUGCGUUAAACGUAAAGAACAAUACAAGUACAAUGAGAAGAAUUGGAAAUCUUUUAUUUAGAAAUUCAAUGAACGAUUGUAUAAUACAGUGGUACCUCAGGUUACAUACGCUUCAGGUUACAGACGCUUCAGGUUACAGACUCCGCUAA